UGCAGUCAGUACUCAGCCGUCGAGUCCAGUUGAGCGGUCACAACGCUAACCUGAAGAUGGCUGCAGCAAGAAACAGGGUUUUUGUUGUCGGGGUGGGAAUGACAAAGACACAGAAAAGUAACAGCCCGACAUCUGAUGGGGCAGGAGCUGCUGUUCUGGCCAGUGAGAAGUUUGUGAGGAGGAACGGACUGGAGAAAAAGGCUGUGGAGAUCAUUGCACAGGAAAUGGUCACAGACCUCACCAGUACCUUCGAGGAAAACAGCUGUAUGAAAAUGGUUGGUUAUGACAUGACCCAUCUUGCAGCUCAGAGGUGCUUUGACGCUGCUGGUCUGAAGCCAUCAGAUGUUGACGUCAUCGAGCUGCACGACUGCUUCUCUGCCAAUGAGCUCAUCACCUAUGAAGCUCUGGGUCUGUGUGCUGAGGGUAAAGCUGGUGAGCUGAUUGAUCGGGGUGAUAAUACAUAUGGUGGCAAAUGGGUGAUAAACCCCAGUGGAGGACUCAUCUCUAAAGGACAUCCGCUUGGAGCCACAGGUCUGGCUCAGUGUGCAGAGCUGUGCUGGCAGCUGAGGGGGGAGGCGGGGCCUCGGCAGGUCCCCAGGGCAAAGGUCGCCCUGCAGCACAACAUCGGUCUUGGUGGAGCGGUGGUCGUCACUCUCUACAGGAUGGGCUUCCCUCAAGAAACAAGCUCUCGGAUCGCUGCAGUGGCCACCAGCGCGACCAGCGACCUCAAAGGCUUCAAAGCUCACACUGUCUUCAAGGAGAUAGAGAAGAAGCUACAGGAGGAGGGAGAGGCAUAUAUCAAGAAAAUUGGUGGUGUUUUCGCUUUCAAAGUGAAGGACGGUCCAGGUGGAAGUGAAGCAUUAUGGGUCGUGGAUGUAAAAAAUGGCAAAGGUUCAGUGACCAAUGAUGCAGGUAAAAAGGCCGACUGUACUAUCGCUAUGUCCGACUCAGAUCUGCUUGAAUUGAUGACGGGGCGGAUGAAUCCACAAACGGCAUUUUUCCAAGGAAAACUAAAGAUAACUGGGAAUAUGGGAAUGGCCAUGAAACUUCAAAACCUUCAGCUGACGCCUGGAAAAGCCAAACUGUGAAACUGCAUCUACUGAUGAACAGGGAAGUGGCACAAAUUCAUGCAAAUGAGUUGUGUGGAGAGAUGCUAGAAUGGUUAAUCGAUUUCGAAAUAUAAUUUUUUUGCUGAAAUUGUAUGAAUGAAGUUGUGUAAUUUUACACAAUAACAGUGAGUCUGUUGGCCAUUGCAACGUAACCGCAUAAAGAAUACUGUUUUACUAACAUACCUGAAAGAUAUAAGCAAAGCAUGU